ACAGCAUAACCUUUCACCAGGCAAGCUUUGCUCGGGGUGGGCUCGUUGUAUAACAUGUCACGCCAGACAAAGAACAGCUACGAGCCAGAGUUCAGCUGUGUUUAGUUAAUGAUUAUUUUUCUCGGAGCAGUUUUAAAAAAACAAGAAAAGGGGAUUUAGAGCACAGGCAGCUUUCCACCCGGACAAACAGGCAGGAUGAAGUCGGGGCAGAGUCUCUCUGCGUGUGUCCUGCUGCUACUUUGCGGGACAUGGAGCACAGACGGGGGGAACAUUUUGGUGUGGUACACUGAAGGCAGCCACUGGAUCAACAUGAAGCCUCUGCUGGAGACGCUGAUCGACAGGGGACACCAGGUGACGGUUCUGGUCCCGAGCACGUCCAUGUUCAUGAACACCAAGGAGCCUUCUCGCUUCAGCUACGAACCCUUCAACGUCUCCGUUUCUAUGGAGACCAUGGAGAAGUUCAUGAAAGACUUCCUUCACUUCUCCAUGUAUGAGAUGGAUCACAUGAGCUACGUACAGAUUUAUAUCAGAUUCAUGGAUAUGAUGAAGGACAACUUGAAGUAUUCUUUGAUGUAUUUGGACGGCGUGGUGAAAUCUGAACCCAUCAUGAAGAAACUGAAGGAGGCAAAAUACGACCUUCUUCUGUCGGACCCUGUCUAUCCUGGCAGCGACUUAGUAGCAGACAUCUUGGGCAUCCCCCUGGUCUUCUCCUUACGGUUUUCCUUCGCUAAUAACUGGGAAAGACAGUGUGGUCAGCUACCUGCUCCUCCUUCCUUCGUACCCGGCGCCAUGAGCAAACUCACCGACAGGAUGGACUUCUCUGAGAGAGUGUGGAACUUCCUCUUCUACGCGCUGCAGGACAUCCUGUUAGAAAACAUUUUUUGGAAAGAACUUGAUAAAUAUUACUCCCAAGUCAAAGGCAGCCACUGGAUCAACAUGAAGCCUCUGCUGGAGACGCUGAUCGACAGGGGACACCAGGUGACGGUUCUGGUCCCGAGCACGUCCAUGUUCAUGAGCACCAAGGAGCCUUCUCGCUUUGUCUACCAACCCUUCAACGUCUCCGUUUCUAUGGAGACCUUGGAGGAGCUUUUUGAGGAGUACCUUCACUUCUCCAUGUAUGAGAUAGAUCACAUGAGCUACGUGCAGAUGUACAUCAGAUACAUGGAUUUGAUGAGUCAAGACCUCCAAAAUGCUUUAAAGUAUGUAGACGGCGUGGUGAAAUCUGAACCCAUCAUGAAGAAGCUGAAGGAGGGAAAAUACGACCUUCUUCUGGCCGACCCCAUCUUCCACGGCGGCGACUUAGUAGCAGACAUCUUGGGCAUCCCCCUGGUCUUGUCCGUACGGUUCUCUCUUGCCCAUCACUGGGAAAGACAGUGUGGUCAGCUACCUGCUCCUCCUUCCUUCGUACCCGGCGCCAUGAGCAAACUCACCGACAGGAUGGACUUCUCUGAGAGAGUGUGGAACUUCCUCUUCUACGCGCUGCAGGACAUCGUGAUCGAUCAUGUAAACUGGAAAGUGCUCGAUAAAUAUUACUCCGAAGUCAAAGGAACACCCACCAGUGCCUGUGAGACGAUGGGUCGGGCAGAUAUCUGGUUGAUGCGAACCUACUGGGAUUUUGAUUUCCCUCGUCCUUCCCUCCCCAACUUCAAAUUUGUUGGUGGAAUUCACUGCAGACCGGCCAAACCGCUGCCAGAGGAUGUGGAGGAGUUUGUGCAGAGUUCUGGAGAUGCCGGAAUUGUGGUCUUCUCAUUGGGAUCAUUCAUCAAGAACAUCACAGCAGAGAAAGCAAACAUGAUAGCAUCUGCCCUCGCUCAGAUCCCACAAAAGGUGCUGUGGAGAUACAGUGGAGACAAACCAGCAACUCUGGGUGGGAACACCAGAUUAUACGACUGGAUCCCUCAGAAUGACCUACUGGGUCACCCCAAGACCAGAGCUUUCAUCACCCACGGUGGCACAAACGGCAUCUAUGAGGCCAUCUACCACGGCGUUCCCAUGGUGGGAAUUCCCAUGUUCGCCGACCAGCCAGACAACAUGGUGCACGUUGAGGCAAAGGGAGCUGCAGUCACCGUAAACUUGAACUUCAUGAAGAAGGACGACCUCAGAGAUGCAGUCAACACCGUCAUCAAUGACAAAUCGUACAAGGAGAAUGCCUUGCGGCUGUCCGGGAUCCACCACGACCGACCAAUGAGUCCUCUGGACGAGGCGGUGUUCUGGAUGGAGUUCACCAUGAGAAACAAAGGGGCCAAGCACCUGAGGGUGCAGGCCCAUGAGCUCACCUGGUACCAGUACCACAGCCUGGAUGUCCUGGCUUUUGUCCUCGCCAUUGUUCUGGUCCUUGUCCUCCUCUUUGUCAAGACCUGCAGUUUCUGCUUCCGCAGGUGCUGUGGCAGAAAGGCGAAGGCAAAGAGGAAGGCGGAGUAGCUGAACUUCGGUGUAGCCGGUGAAAAACUGAUGGGAAAAAAUCCAUAUUGUCUUAAUUAUUCUAUGUAACCAUUAUGCCCUGGAUUGUAAUUUAUUGUUUUAGAUGGGUAAUCAUAACCUUUGGAACAAUUAAAACAAGAACAUGUUUAAACCAUCUGGUUGUGCUGUGAAACAUGUAGCAUGUGCUUUACUAGUAAAUCUGUUGUUAUGCAAGACCGUACUGCCUGUUUAAUGGCAAGACCAGUGGAGUCGAUUGUGUUCUGUAUUUUCUCUGUACAUUCUUAUUUUAGGUGUUUAGAAUAUAUUUGGGUCAAUAACAUAUAUUACCCGUUAUAGUUAAUGGCCUCAUCGACAGGUCUGACGAAUGUGUUGUAGACGACAUGCAGACUACAGUUGACCAGUCACUCUGAACAGCUACAGACAAAGACGGGUGUAACACUGAUGGAAGAAAUGAAAACCAGUAAAUGUUUACACUGCAGCUUAACAUCAAGUCCAACCACAGAUUAGAUUGUUAAUGGGUUUUGAAUUCAACUGAAACUGUUAACAGUAAAAAUUAUAUAUACACAAUGAUCUCAUAUGUGAAAAGGUUUAAUAACUAGUGCUGGGCACGGUAACGUGCUAUCAUUUCGGUAACGCAUAAAUGAAUGCCGACGAUUAUUUUAUUGCGUGUUAUCGCAGUUUAUUUUAUUCAUUAUUUUGAAAACCAUGGGUCACACCAGGUGAUGUUGAAGUAGUUAAGGAGUAGCCGAAUUUGAUUGGGAGGGCCGUCAUCAGAGGUCUCGACCAAUGAGAGCUUUUGGGGGCGUGUCUAAAACCGCUGCUCCGCUCACAUGGACCGAAAUAGAAAAGAACUGGCAGAGAAAGAUGUUGAACAAUUACGUGAACAUUUUCCUUUUAAAUCUGUAUUCCAGACAGCAGAGUUGAUAGAACCAUAGUGAUUUCUAAUCUGCAUCACUGAACGGAGUUUCCCUUUUUGUUUGCAAUGGGAUUCUCCAAAAAUAAAGUCAGUACAAAUAUGACAAAUACAUAAAGGUCCCUGCACAGUGAAUCCCAGCUGUGUACUUGGGGCAGGUUCAGGAAUAUGAAAUGGUAUGUUUUACAUUACAUUUUUUUGAUAUAUAUACACAUAAAUACAUAACACGUUUAUGCCCUGGCAGUAGCAUAUUGCUUUGUUCUUAUAUUCAUGUUUCAUGUUGAGAUUUACAAUAAAUAUUGAGUUGCUACUCUGUAAAGGAAAUAUUGCUGUUAAGACCCAAUUUAUAUGUUUAAAGUCUUUGAAUAAAUAUGGCUACAACACUA